UAUCGUUAUCGAGUCCCCAACGUUUACCAACACCAUACCAUCGAUUUUUCUGUCCAAAUAGACGUGUUUUAUUUAUAUUGUCGUAAGAAAGCAGUAAAAAAUACAGUAUCCGAGAUAUUUUUCGUGUUAGGGCAGUUAGUAAGACUGCCUAGGCCUGCAGUGACAAUAAAUAACGUUUGGCAGCAGCAAUUAAAGACCGAAUAUCAAGGAUAGGAAUUGUGUUCCCAAAGAAAAAAGUAGGACGGUCGUAGGAGAAAUACAAGCAACGCAUUAACAAAAAGACAAAGGUAAGUUCAGGUAAAAACAAAGCAUACAACACGCGACCUUUAGUGAGAGAGGGCAGCGACGAAAUAUCAUGUCCGACGCAAUGAGUGCGCCGCCACCUCUGAUUCCCCAGCUGCAGGAGAUGCAGCAGCAGCAGCAACAACAGCAGCAGCAACAGCAGGCGAACAACCCCUCCGCCCUUGCCCAGCAAUGGAGCAAUUACGCCUGGUACGCGAACCAGAAUGCUGCCGCCUACCAGCAGCAGUAUCAGCAGUACUACCAGUACUACAUGCGCUACCAGCAACAGCAGCAGCAACAGGUAACAUCGACGAUCAGCGCCUCGAAUGCGCCGCCCGGCUUUAGCAAUGCAGUUGCGGCACCUCCGCCCUUGCCUAGUGGCCCGCCACCACCGCCGCCGCCCAAAAUGGCUCAGGGUCCGGGCGGGAACAAGCAACAGCAGCAACAACAACAGCAACAGAACAAGAACUUUGGAGGAAUUCGUUUUAAUUUGAAUUUAAACCAAAAGCGUUUGGCAAACGCCCCUAAUCCUCUGCAACUGCAACAGCAGCAACAACAACAACAACAGCAGCAACAAAUGCAACAAGGAAUGCAACAACAGGGAAUGCAAAUGUACAACAACAACAGCAAUAACAAAAAGAAGCGCAAGCGGAACAACAAAAACAAGAACUUUGACCAAACAGCAUACAACAAUCCGUUUAGCAAUCAAAUACCAGCCGUAGCACCACCACCACCCAUUAUAACCCCUGCCGAUGUGGGUGUGCCUGCAACACCAGAUCUGAGCAAGCCUCCACCUCCGCUACCCCUCGCUCUGGUCGCUCCCACCGAGCCGCCGCAGCAGACACAGUUGCCUCCUCCAGCUGCUCCCCAGCCGGCUGCCUCUGGCUUCAAACGGCCCAACAGCUUCCAAAUGGCCUCCAACGAUUCCUGGCCCGAUUCCCUUAACCAAUAUGUGGCCCGUUGCUAUUCCAAGUGCAACACUGACCUCGACAAGGAUCAGAUUGAUAUUUGUCUGAAAGGCAAGAUCAUAGCAGCGGCUAAUCGCAAUGAGCUAUGGACUAGGGACUGGGACAACGAGCCCAUGCCCACGGUGCACAGCGAGCGGGAUGGUAUCGAGGUGGUGCUGAACAAUGCCACGCCGCCGCAGCCCCAGCGGAGCAAUUACUUCCAAAAGAAGAUAGAGCAGGAGAAGGAGAAGGAGCGAGACCGUGAGCAGGACAAGUCGCCAGCCAAGGGCUCCGGCAUUGUAAAUCAGUUCAAGCAGAAAGGAAACCAAUUCAACAAGUCCUCUUCAAGCUACGGUUCUCACAAUCAUCAGUCAUCGUCCAGAUACUCCAGGAGUCGUUCGCGGUCGCCGGCUUCGUCUAGCUCUUCAAAGUACACAAACAAGAAGCGGUAUUCGCGAUCGCGGUCUUAUUCGCGUUCCCGGUCCCGUUCCCCUCGAUCCCGUUCGUGCUCUCGUAGCAGCGGCAAUGGCAGCCCACCAGCGCGUAAGGUUAGCCGCAAAUCGGGCCUAAACGAUUCUUUGGACUUUAUACCGCUUUCAGCGAACCUGUCGCGCAAGCAACAGAAAAUGCUUAUGAAGAAGGGCAAGAGGGCUGCUGCUGCAGCAGCAGCAGCAUCAGCAGCAUUGACAUCGAACUCUGCUAACUCCGGUCAGGCAAAGAAAAAGGUGCCUCACUUCUAUUCAAACCAAUCGUCCGUGGGCGGUGCCGUUGAUGAUGACACAGCGCGCUUGCAACAGCGAGCGGCACGUUUCUCGCAGCAGAGCUCCGGCUCAGCCAAGAAAUCUGUCGUCGCCAUUGCAAGCUCACCGUUUGGUCUCACCACGGCCAAGAACAAAAAGAAGAUGCAGAUGCAACAGAACUAUCAACGCCAAUCCUUCUAUGAGGAGUCUGAUCCGUCUUCCGGUAUAGAUCUACUCGAUUUGCAUAUUGUAGGAACUUGUAGGGACCUUGAGAAAUCAUUUUUGCGACUCACUAAGGCGCCUUCUCCGUCGGAGGUGCGACCAGUCGAGGUGCUAACCCACUCGUUGGCCAAUGUGAAGAGCAAGUGGCGUGCCAAUCACGAUUAUCAUUAUGCGUGUGAUCAGCUGAAAUCCAUUAGGCAGGAUCUGACGGUCCAAGGUAUUCGGGAUCAGUUUACGGUUGAGGUUUAUGAGACACACGCCCGGAUUGCCAUGGAGAAGGGUGACCACGAAGAGUUCAAUCAAUGUCAGACGCAGCUAAAGAUGCUUUAUUCAGAGCUGGGUAAGAGCGCCAAUUCCCUGGAGUUCACUGCCUACCGUAUACUGUACUACAUCUUCACAAAGAAUACCCUGGAUAUCACUACUGUCCUGCGUUCGAUUACGGCUGAUCAGCGCGAGAAUCCUGCCAUUGCGCACGCCCUUCAGUUUCGCUCGGCUUGGUCGUUGGGCAACUAUUGCAAACUGUUCGAACUGUAUAAGUCGGCUCCUCUUAUGUCCGGUCAUAUGAUUGAGUGGUUCCUGGAGAGGGAGCGCAAGGCAGCCCUUCGUGUUAUUAUUAAGUCCUAUCGUCCCAAUAUUAGCAUUGACUAUAUCAACAAUAUUCUGGCGUUCGAUAGCAAAGAAAAAUGCAAAGAAUGGCUCGAUACCUUCAGCUUACCUUAUGUCGCGGAUGGUGCGCAGAUUGAUUGCAAAAACGCCGCAGCCAUCACCAUUUAAAAAAAUACUGCUGAGAUAAUAUUUCAGACUCGGUAGUUUUUCCGAAUUUUUCGGAAUGCGGAUACGUCUUCUCUCUGUCCCAUUCUACACAUUUUGUACAUAUUUAUAUAGAUCUAGGUAGUUUUCGCGUAUUCCCCGCGUUAGGUUGUCUAGGAUGUGCUUUAGAUUUCUCUCUGUGCAGUCGGUUUUUUUUUUUUUAAUCGCUACUGUUAAGGACUAUCUUCGAAUGUUGUUUCUCCACAAGGAUAAUGAUAAUUUGGAUUUGCGAAAAGGAAACAUAUAGUGGAUCAUUCAAUCAUCAUCGCUGUUUUAUUUUAAAGUAAAGUGGAAUUGGAAAAUGCUCUGGAGAAUGGGAUUUUAUGGAAAGGAUAAAUGCUGUGGAUUAUUGGAAACCUUCGGCUUAGAUCGUCUUGGAAAGAGCAUGCGUUUUUACGAGCCACGACUUCAUCUGGGAGCACUGUUUUCAUUGUUCCUGUUUCAAGGAUUUCAUCAACGAUUUUAUUAUUACUGCAAUUUCUACGAGAUCCACAGCUAUUAAUGAUUUUAGAAUGUUUACAAUCAACGUGGGACUCAACGCAUCUUCGGUUGCCACAAAUUUAGGGCAGAAACUAAUAACCUCGUCGUUUUUUCAACAUUGAACACAACAUGAAUUAAUCUUUAAAAAGUAUCCAGUCUUAUUUUCUAACAUCCAACCAAAUAGGAGCAAUAUUUAAUCUGAAAUAAUAUUUAAUCUGAGGUGCGUGACCUCAUUAAUGAACAUAUCCCAAGAUCAAAGUGAAUUAAUUCCAGUUGUGGUCACGAAUUACCCCAUAAUAUAUAUCGACUAAACCUGUAUACAUGAAAUUAACACAAAAUAAUUCACAAACAGACGAACAAAAGCAGAUGCCAUCAAAGUGGAGAGGCCAGAGGGCUGAAAUCUAAUUUUUGUUUCGCCGUGGUUAUUUUACUCAUUUUUUUUUUUAAUCGUCCCUUAACCAUUUCAUUUUUAAAGUAGUUUUAAGACUUAGCUUUAAUACUUGUUGUCUUCUUUAAAUUAUUGAAAAAGGAUUAUACUAAUGUUCUGUCUCUCUAUUGUAUACCUGUAUAUAUACAACCAUCACUUCCACCACCUCCACCAACCAACCAACCAACCACACCAUGAAGCCGUCGCCGACACUAUGGAUUCCAAAGACAUCGUUUUGGAAAAUGGCAAACAUUCUACAUCCUCCGGAUAACUACAUCCUCCGGCCAACAUCCAUCCGCCAGUUGGAGGUCACAAGAUCAACAGUUCAUCGGGCUUAACCGACACUUUGUAAGCUCUUCCAAUUUUAAUUCGUGUUACUAAAAGCGAACUGUGAAAUUCGAUUGAUUUGGGUAUUUAAUAAGCGAUUGGCGGAAGUUACUCUAUUUAGGGGUUUUCAGAACUGUUCGUAAUUAUAUCCUAGCUGUAAUAUAUUUUAGAAUUAGUGAUCUAUUCGUAAGCUAAGUUUAAUUGUUAAAUUUAUUUCUAAUUUUCUUGAAUGUUGGAAAAAUGAUGGAAAAAAUUCAAGAUUUUUUAAUGGCAUCUUUUAAUUACUUCCGCCAAAGAUGCUUGAAGCUGGUUGCAUGACAGCGACAGCCCACAUUGCUUUUUUAAUAAAAACAAAAAAAAAAAACAAAAUAUAAAGGAAAUGCAAAAAUCAA